GAAGGAACGAAUGCUAUAAAACCAGAAUCUCUAUUUCUUAUUACCGAAAAUACGAUAAAAUUGUGAAAUUGCCACGUAUAGAAUUAUGUUGUCACCUUCGUCGAGUGCAAACGAUGACGAGGAUGUCUUUACUUAUCAAAUAGAAGUUUUAUUUCCAAAUAUCACAGAAGAUAAAAUAAGAACCGUAGAAUUCUUGGAUGCAGCUCGAGGUCUUGUGCGAAUUAUUGGUAUGCACUUGGUAUUCAGUAAAUAUCACAUAACCUACACAAAAACGAAAUCUAUAAAGACGAACACGAAUGUUUCAGAAAAACUUGGCAAAGUGUUUGCUCCGGUUAAAUAUGAUAUUCAGGGUAACAUUGAUAAACUCGCGUCCCGGCAUGUAAAGGAUAAAGAAAAAAACGCGAUUCUACAAGAUAUGAUUCUAAUUGAAAAAAAUACUGAAACUAAAUUAAUCGCUACGGAUGCUCUAACGUGGUUAACCAGAGCCUUGCAUAUGAUUCUGUUAUUUUUCGAACAAAUUGUCGAGGACUCUAAAACGGCAACACCAACAGAGGAUUUAGUAGCAUUUUUAAAAAAGGCUUAUAAAGAAGCUCUACAACCAUAUCACGGUUGGAUGGCGCAACAACUUUUCGACCUUCUUUCGCUCAUGGUUCCUACACGUUCGCAACUUUUACAAACAUUUACUAAUGAACAAACUACCGAGAUUAGCAUCAUUAUAAAGAGCAUGGAAAUUUAUUUAAUGCGUUUACGAAAAAACGUAUUAGCGAUACAGUUAUUUUAUAAAACUAAUAACCUCUGAGAUAAGACAUUUUAUUAGUCUGAGAAUUGUGUUCAUUAGGUAUUGUGUUAAUUGAGAAUAUUUGCUAAAGGAAAAAUCUGCAAUAGUAUUUUAAUAUAAUGUACUAGUAUACUGUACAGUAAUUACACUUAGCCAGUAUUUGCUCAAAACUCUAUAUAUAAUUAAAAAAUGAGACUAGCUACAAAGGUAUUUUAGAACAGUUUAACAUCCAUCCUAUGUACAUGUAUUGUAUAGAUGCAUUAAAUAAAACACUUUAGCACGA